AUGGCAUCAGCAGCGGAAAGACCAUCACAAUACAAGCAGUCUUCGCGCAAAGGCAAAAAGGCUUGGAGAAAGAACAUCGAUAUCUCAGAUAUUGAAAAAUCGAUUCAACAACAGAACGAUGAGGAGAUAACGCAUGGUUCGAAAGACUUAAGCAGUCUGGCAAAUAAGGAUCUGUUUCAAAUCGACACUGAAGGUGAUGAGAUCUUGAAGCAGAAACUGAUCAAGCGCAAGCAGAUCAAAAAAAAUGUGAAAUCUACUGAAAUUUUAGAGUCCAUCAAGUCUAACUCGAAAGUCCCCGCGCUAGCACACCCCAAGAAUGGGUUGAAAGAGGAGCAGAAAAAAACCAAGGUUCAAGGUGUCUCGAAGAAGGAGCUGAGACGAUUGAUGGCCUUGGCGGGCCGUGUUGAAGGACAAAGUAAACUCAAGAGUGCUGUAUCCAAAAGAGGUUUGGUCAGGGCUGGUGACGGCAAUGACUUGUGGGGCGCUGAAGAGACCAUAAAGACUCCCUCGGGUAUCAAAAUGUCCACAAAGAAGGGCCAAAAAAUUCCCGAAGAACUGAAGACGUUAUCUACCACCGGGUGGUCUAAGGCGACAGUGGCUCCUGACACACUUUCCCGAGCUCCGAUCGUGGUAAAGGAAAUAGAAAAGUUACCUCAUGCGGGCAAAUCGUACAACCCAAGCAAUUCGAGCUGGACUCAGCUGAUAGAGAAAGAAUAUCAGGGUGAAAAGGCGAAAGAGGAGACUCGUUUACAAAUGGAAACUUACAAAGCAAGAAUUAGCCAAUUAAUGGAAACACUGGACAACGAGGAAGAGCUGGAUUCCAGCAGCGAUGAAGAGGCUAACAAGGGAGAAGACGCAGAGGAGAAUGAAGAAGAGUCAGCCAGACUAUCUCUCAACAAGCCUGUAGUUAACAAGAAGAAAACGAAAUAUCAAAGAAACAAACAAAAAAAACAUCAAGAAAGAUUGAACUUGCAGUCAGAGCUCAAGAAUCUAAAAAAGCAGUUGCAAGAGCUAGAGCGUUUUGAGGAAUUGAAUAAUAGUGUUGACGAGGCUCAUGUUGCUCGUCAAAAUGAGAUGGCCAAUAAGGUUACCAAGCCCGCCACGGCUAAGAGGACACACAAGCUAGGCACCAAACAUUCUGUUAGAGAUGACAAUCUCGAGGUGAAGUUUUCUGACGAGCUAUCAGACUCUUUGCGUAAGCUGAAACCAGAAGGUAAUCUACUUUAUGAUACUGUUCAAAAGCUACAAGGCUCUGGUAAGAUAGAAGCGCGUGUGCCUGUGAGAAAGGGUAGAAGAUACUCCCCCAAAAUCACGGAAAAGUGGACUUACAAAGAUCUCAAGUGA